AUGACUUAUUUCAUGAUUCUUCAGAAACAAAUCCUACUUAACCUCGCUGAAGUCCUUCAAGCCAGUGGCUUAGGAUUAGAGAAUGUUGUCAAGGCCAACAUUUACUUGACUGACCUGGAGGAUUUCGCUGAGAUGAACGACGCCUAUACAUCUUUCUUCCCGAGCCUGAAGCCAGCAAGAACAUGCGUCGGUGUCAAGGAGCUUCCUUUAGGAACCGAUGUUGAGAUCGAAUGUAUUGCGAAUAGGAAAACGCUGGACAUGGGGCACUUGUAA